AUGAGUUCCUAUUUUGUCAACUCAACUUUUCCUGUGCCGGGAGGACAGGAGUCUCUCCUGGGUCAGAUACCAUUAUAUUUCUCCGGAUAUACUGACCCUUUAAGACACUUUUCUAACGCUACAUAUGGAGCUGCCAAUAUGCAAGAGAAGGCUUACCCAACCUCAUAUUACCAGCAAACCUCUGGUGUCUACGGUCGCCCCAGCACCAGCGCUCCCUGCGACUACCCAGCUGGAACUUUUUACAAGGACAGUGACCGUUCGUGCGCUUUCGCUAGUCGAGAGGAGCAGCCGCUUGUAGUAACUCAGGAUCAGCGCAGGUCAGAGUGCCUCGAGCAAAAUGUAAGCAUAAUAACUGCUGUGGACGACAAGUCUUCUUCUCUGCUUUAUCCCUGGAUGCAAAGGAUGAAUUCUUGCACCGCCGGGACCUUUGGCAGCAGUGGGCGCAGGGGCCGUCAGACCUAUACUCGAUACCAGACUCUUGAGCUCGAGAAAGAAUUUCAUUUCAAUAGGUAUUUGACCAGGCGUCGUCGAAUCGAGAUUUCGCAUGCUCUAUGUCUCACUGAGCGCCAGAUAAAGAUUUGGUUCCAGAAUCGCAGAAUGAAGUGGAAAAAGGAGAACAAAGUUAUGAAUCCUUCGAAACCCAGCGACGAAGAAGAGGAAAAUAAAACAGAUUAAAAACACUGAAUAAAUAAGCUACACAAGCCAUAACUGUUGUAACAUGAAUUGAGAGUUGUUGAAUUUUUGUUGUUGUUUUUCAGAAAAUAGCUGCAUAGGCCUAGACAUUUUUGUGAAAUAUGUCAAUAGGCCUACACUAAUAUA